CCCCGGAGUGAGCUAUGGUUUAGCCCUGUUACCAUGGAGACCGGUAGUAACACCAGUUGUAAAUCCAAGGCCAAGAGACCAUGGCCACUUUAGCCCGGCUGCAAGCUAGGUCGUUGACUGUAGGAAAUGAGUACUACUUUAGGAACAGUGUUGUUGAUCCAUUUAGAAAUAAGGAGAAUGACGCAGCAGUUAAAAUCCAGAGCUGGUUUCGAGGAUGUCAAGUUCGGGCAUAUAUCAGGCAUUUACACAGAAUUGUAACAAUUAUCCAAAAAUGGUGGAGAGGUUUCUUAGGCAGAAAGCAAUAUCAACUAACUGUGCAGGUAGCAUAUUAUACUAUGAUGAUGAAUCUCUACAAUGCAAUGGCUGUCAGGAUUCAGAGACGAUGGCGAGGCUACAGGGUUCGGAAAUACCUCUUUAAUUAUUAUUAUUUGAAAGAGUACCUGAGAGUUGUUUCAGAGACCAAUGAUGCAAUUAGGUGCAGGAGGAAAAAAAUUGCAAGUCAUGGCAACCAAAGGAAGGCACUGGAGGAGUUUGCAGAAAUGAAAGAACGAGAAGAGAAGAAGGCUAACCUCGAAAGGGAAGAGAAGAAAAGAGAUUACCAAGCUCGAAAGAUGCAUUACCUCCUCAGCACAAAGCAGAUUCCAGGAAUAUACAAUUCACCAUUUAGAAAAGAGCCUGAUCCAUGGGAGCUGCAAUUACAGAAGGCAAAGCCUUUAACACACCAAAGACCUAAAGUUAAGCAGAAGUACUCCACCAGCCUUACUGAUUGGCUAGCUUGUACAAGCGCCCGUUCUUUUCCUCGGUCUGAAAUUCUACCACCUAUUAAUAGAAAGAAAUGUCAGGGGCCCUUCCGCGAUAUCACUGAAGUAUUAGAACAACGCUACAAGCCUUUGGAGCCAACGUUGCGGGUGGCAGAACCAAUCGAUGAAUUAAAGUUGGCCAGAGAAGAUCUCAGAAGAAAGGAAUGGCUGCGAAAUGUAAAUGACAAUAUGUUUUUGCCAUUUUCUUCAUACCAUAAAAAUGAAAAGUACAUCCCAUCAAUGCAUUUAUCAAGCAAGUACAGUCCCAUUUCUCACAAAGAACAAUUCCGAAGUGAAGAUCCUAAGAAAUGGAUCUGUGACAAGGAUUUCCAGACUGUACUACCAUCGUUUGAGCUCUUCUCGAAGUAUGGAAAAUUAUAUUCAAAAGCUGGACAGAUUGUAUAAAGGAAAUGAAUGUGUAAUGUUAGUGUUUAAUUUUGGUAAGUGAAGGGUAGCAGCCUUAGCUGAGGCUGUCCUAUUCAGAUUUAAUUUAACCAAAUACAACAAAGUGCUUCUGCUUUUUGUGAAAAAGGCCAAGAUGGGGACACUUGCACCAAACUGUUGAAUAAAGAUGCUGUAGUAAUUUUUAGAGCUAUCUAUUUGAUUGCUUCAGCUUCAAGGUAGUUCAUCACUUCACUAUAAUUCACCCGACAUUGCCUUUCACACCCAAUACUACAUUUUCCCAUCAGUUCGAUUAGAAAUAGUGAUGCCUUUAUCAGAUUAAUCUUUCUUUCCUUUAGCAUGUCUGAGUUUAGGAUAAACAGUGCCUGUACCUAGCUGUUUUUAUUAAUGCACUAAGAUUUUAACCACUGAAAAAUACACAGAACUAGCUCUUCAACACACACAUAUUGUAAAAUCUACUGUCUGACUAAGAUAACAUUACUCCUUUUAGUGUCUUUAAUUUGUCUUUUUAAGUGGUCACUAUUUGUAACCUUCAAUAGUUUCCCAAAAACAGUUUGGUCUAAAUCAGAAUGUGCUACGUCCUGUCAGAGGGCUUUGCCAUCCUUUUAGCUUCAAUUAUCUUUCCAGGCAGAGUCUCUUUAAACAUUUUUGUGGAGAAAAGUUAGCAAGACAAGGUUAAAAUCAUUGGUUGUAAUUUUAUGAAUUGGAUACUGUACUCAAUUCAGUCUGACAUCAACGUGAGUUUUCUUGUAUUACGUGCUUCUCAGCUUCCUCCAUUUCUUUGCAAAUGGGCUUUGGUCCAGGCUGUCUUUCUGCUAAAAAGUGGCUCAAUUUUGAGGGCCAAUGAGGUGAGUUUUAAUUAAACUAUUUGUUAGGUUUGAAAAACAAUGUGCUUUAUCCCCUUUCCCAUGGGAAUUUGGCAUAUGGACAACUCAGCUUAAAAAAGAAAAAAAAAAAAAAAGAAAAUGAAAAAUAAGUAUAGUUAGCACCUGGAUUGGGAAGGGGGUUAAAUGCCAUUGUCUUUUUCCAGAGGGUGUAAGAUCUUAGCAACUGUGUAAGGAAACAAAAAUUUCUAUGAGGGGAGAGUAAUAGUUAAGCAUAUAAGUUAAUGUGUGCCAGUUAGGAGUUAAAAUUUAGUUUAAUAAGAAAAAAUAUUAAAUGUUGUCUUUCAGUUUGGCAUUAUGUGAACUUAUAACCCUUUUAAGUUUUGGCAUAGUAAAUUGGCAAAGAGAAAAAAAAUAAAGAUAUCUUUAGUAUCUUUCUCUCGGUUCAAUUGUCUUUGACUAAAAAUGUUAUAACCACCCCA